AGCCCGGCAUCCCAAGUAUGUGCUAGGAGCACACCAAGCUGCCUGCCAAUUCUUGAUUCUUUGAGGUAGUUUGGGUAGAGAGGAUCUGUCUUGUCAUUAAAAAGUCUCUUGUACUGUGCUCCCCAUAUCUAUAUUGCUAACAGGUUGGGGUCCAGAGAUGCUCUCUCCACUGGAGAUAUGGAUGGGAUGGUAAAAGUUUUAUGGUUUCUUACCUUGGAGGCUGUGAUGGCAACAGUAGUUCUGUUCACUGACUUGCGGCAUUCUAGCAGCUGCUCAGUUUGGUUAUUGGGCGCAAAGUCCAGUCACAGGCUUUUGCUGCCUCCUUCCCUCGCAGCUAUCCUUUGAAUAUGGGCUAAUUCAGUCUGCUAGAGAUAAAAAGGGUUAUUCCAGACCCAUGAAUCAUUCAGCUUCACCGUUUUCUGUUGUGUAUGACUUCUUGUGCACUUCUGUUGUACUCUGUGCAUACAGAUUAAUUAUAGCUGAGAUGUUUCCCUCAAUUGUGUGUGAAUUGGAUAUCCAUUAGAAUUGGAUAAAGAUCAAAAAGGCAGAGACUUUGCUAUAUUUAAUACAGUAGCAUGAAUAAUUUUGAUUGCAGUGAUCUACAAUAAGAGUUUUACAUCUCAUUCUGAACCUUUGUUUAGUUUGAGUCUGUCAAGUACUGGUUCUGUCUCUUGAAUUUCCUUUUUUAUUAAUCAUGGGGUACCAUCAACCUGAAGCAAUAUUCAGCCAAAAUCAGAGGGAUUAUUAAAUUUAAGAAAUACCAUAGAAUCAUAAAAUGACCUACAUUGGAAGAGACCUUAAAGAUGAUCAGAUUGUUCUGACAUACAUCAUACAGAGCUUAUACCACAAGUACCCAGCCAGUGAUUAUAAAAUUGACUAAAGACAUAUAAUCAGUAGUUUUUAUCACAGUAUCUUCUAGUUCAAGAUUUUAAGGGACAGCUGGUAUGUUACAUAGAAUGUAAGCAGAUUAAAGCAGACAUCGUAAAUCAGAGGGGUUUUAGCAGAGGGAGGAUAAAAACUUGAGUUACGUCUUAAUAUGGUUUGCUGCGGUCAUCAUAUUUGUUCUACCUAGUGCUCUCUUGCCAUUACUAAAUGGAGGUGCAUGAGACAGUGGGCAGCACCAUUUCUGAAUAUGGGCUUUAAACUCGGGCUAUCUUCUAGCCAAUGUCCUGUGUAACUACAGACAAGAUGAAGCAAUAAUUCAGGAAUGUAUGGCUGUUGCCGUGCUGGUCACCAAUAGGAAACUGAUGGAGUUUAAAAAAUAGUUAUUUUGUUGAAGGCUUUGCAUGUUGGUGUUAUUUGGAUGUGUGAAAGCAGAUUCCUUUUAUCCUAUUAGUAGGUCAGUUAUGCCAUCAGUGGCAUAAAUUGUGCAGUCCCUUAUGCAAUAAUUUUGUGGCCAUUCAUAUCCAAAAGCAGACUCUGACAAAAUGUUCUUUGUCACCGGCUGUAGAGACAUUAGCAUUUUCAUCUCUUGCAUGUAAUGGGAAGAUGUCAAUGUUUUGUAUUUGUCAUCACUGCUCAUUAUACUGAAUUUCAUGCAUUCAUGAGAAAAUUCUUCCCGAACAGCUCUUUGUUUUUAUUCUGACUCUUUCCUUGGUCUCGUUCCUUUUCAUAAAGGCUCUUUAACAACUCUUGGCAAGUAAUGAGACUUUGCCAUAGUGCCUUUCUUCUUGGUGUUUUGUUUUGUUUGUUGAGGUUUUUCACAUUUGUUUGUUUUGGUGGGUUUUAUUUGGUUUGUUUGUGUUUUUUUGUGGUGGUGGUUUGGUUUUUCUGUUAUGUGGGGUUUUGGGGUUUUUUUUGUUUGUGGGGGUUUUUUGUGUUUGUUUGGUGGUGGUUGUGGGGCUUUUUGGUUUGGUGGGGGUUUUUUGGGUUUUUUUGGGGGGGUUGUUUUGUUUUUUGUUUGUUUGGGGUUUGUUUGUUUUUGUUUUGUUUUGUUGUUUUGUUUUUGUUUUUUGGUUAGCUGAAGAACCAACCAUAGCAGAUUUCUAGCUAUUUUUUUCCCCUAUUAAAAAACAGCUUAUGUAAUGGUUAUCUCACUGUGAUUCAGAGAUUUCUGUAUGGGACCUAAUCAAUCCUUGACUGUAAUACACGUACAGACUCCCAGGGACCCAGUAAUGAACUCUGGCGUUGGCUGAGGAAGAAGAUUCUUUUACCAGUACUCCUUGGUGAGCUGUUAAAACACAACAGUUUCCGGUACUCCAGUAUGCUUAAGCAUACACAUUUCCCACCCUGCACUAAGGAUAUUCCCACACACGCAUACGCUGCUCAGCCUUGUUUGUGUAAUUAACAAAUUAAUCCUUGAUGUCUCAGCUUUCAAGGAAGAGUAUCUGGCAACAGUGAAAUUACCUGGAAACUACAAGUAACACCCUUUAUUCUUCUGGUUUGAUAACGCAAACGGCAGUACCGGCUAGUUGAGUUUUGUUUUGCAUCCGCUUUUGGGUGAAACUUGGAGCCGUGGAUCUCUGAAAUGCUUUUACAUUUAACUACCCUGUUUGCAACAUGUAAUAGCUAUUGUCUUGAUUUCCCUGGAGGAGGCAACUGGAGGGAAGAUGGCUUCUUCUGUGAUCUCUAUUACUCUGUUUUCCCAAGUGCCCCUGAUCUCAAUUCAACGCUCUCCUGUAAUUUUCUUCACUUUGGGCAUUUUGCUCCUCUGCCGUCGUUCCAGCAACGGCACUCGUCUACCUCGCUGCUGCCGUUCUGCUGGUGGGCUCCGUUCCCAGGUUCCCGCCCCCCUUCCCGACCUGGUGUCAGCGGGGCUUUCCCCCAGCGGGGCGCGGCUGCGCGACUCGCCGGGGUUCCGCAGCGGGGCGGGAUGCUCGGGGCCCUGCGGCCUCUCCUUCAGCCGCGUCGGCUCCUCCCAUGCGAGCACACGGGGCGGAGCUGCGCUUGCUGCAGGAACCUGCCCUUUAAGAGCCGCCUCCCGCCGCUGCUCAGCUCUGAGCCGCGCCCGGUGCCGCCAUGGUCUCCUGGAUAAUCUCCCGCCUCGUGGUGCUGAUCUUCGGCACCCUCUACCCCGCGUACUCCUCCUACAAGGCCGUGAAGACGAAAAACGUAAAGGAAUAUGUGAAGUGGAUGAUGUACUGGAUUGUGUUUGCCUUUUUCACCACUGCAGAAACACUCACAGACAUUGUUCUUUCUUGGAAAUUGAUGAAUACAUUACUCAGGCUUGUGACAAGAGCUACGAAACUAUGAUGCGAGUUGGCAAGAGAGGGUUAAACCUUGCUGCCAAUGCAGCAGUUACUGCAGCUGCAAAGGGCCAGGGAGUUUUGUCUGAGAAGCUGCGAAGUUUCAGCAUGCAGGAUCUCACUCUGAUCCGAGAUGAAGAUACUGUGCAUAUGCGAAGCCAUGAUCCACAGCUGCGCCCCUCUGGUGCGAGUCUUCUGGAAACUAUUGAAGACUCAGCUUCCUGUUACUCCUCAGGAGAGGAGAGCAGUGUGGCGCAUAGGUCUAAUGGAACCUCGCCAGAUACUAGAACAGAUCCAUCAGAUGAAGAUGCAGGAGACAAACUUCCUAAACGUACCCAGAGUCUCAAAACGCCUAAAAAGGUGAUGAAAGCUGAGCUUCCAGUGAGAAGUGUAAAAGCCCGCCCUAAGAAGAAAGCUGCCACCUCUCUUGCUUCUGGCGAGUCAUCCUAAGGCAACCUCCACCCCCCAGCAUCUGUCUCUGUCCUGGGAUUUGCCUUUUGCUUUUAUGGGGAAACUCUCCAAAGGAAGGGAGUUGAGAUUCUUGUACAUAACAGAUACUGCUUUACAGAGCUCAUUCCAAGGCAAGGGGGGAGGCUGCAAUUCAGAAAGCAGAGUAGAGGAUACAAAUCCUCAGGAAUUUUCUCCUUUUCAUCUCUCUGUUGGAGGGAAAGCUGAUAUGUCUGUACAUAGCCAGUUGCUUUGGAAUUCCCGCUGUAUAACUCUAGUUGAGAAUCUUUGCUGGAAAAACUGACUAGGGUUAGACACAUCCAUUGCACAGAAGCUGGAAAAAUACUAGACACUGGAAUUCCACAGGGUGGGUGGCUCUCUAAAAUGUCUUAUCUUGCUCUGGGUAUUCUCCUGCAGCUGUGUGUUGUUAGAAGUGCCCACCAUGAGUUGUAUUCCUUAAGAAUGGACCAUACCUGAUAUGUCCAUAGCUUUUUGAGAAAGUGACUGAAGUGAUGUAUGCUGAGUGCUUUUGAACUUAAAGGACUGGGUCAUGGGAGGUGUAUGCUAGAUUCCCAUUACUCUUACUGGAAUAUGAAGAGAUUGGGUUUUAUUUUAUUUUUUUCUAGAAGGUAAAGGGAGAUAAUUGGAAAAACUAAUCAAGGAAAUGUGCUAUUACAUGCACAUUAUAUGAUGGAGCAGGUAAGAGUUACUGCUGAGAAGGAAAGUUUGGUAUCUCUAAGGUUUUGGCUCUUUUUGAAGCUGCUUGAAUUUUAUUUCAGGUUCUAAUGCUCACUUUGACUCAUAUCAGAGCAUCAGCAUGAGGUGAGUCCCAUGCAGUUCCAUGGCAAGCAUACUCACUUUGCCAUUUAGUGGUUGAACUCAUGUCAUUGUGUUGCUUGUUACUUCAGACAAAUUCUUUUAUUCUAGCAGAUGACUGGAGAAAAUCUGUCUCAAAAUAGUCUGCGAGCGUACUUGAGAAUUUCGGAAGCCCUCACCGCUCAGCUUUAGGAGAGUCAGUCCUCAGGACAUGAUAACUGAAACAGUUGAUUUAUUAACGGUUGAGUUCCACUAACUUCAGGAUUUCAUUUAUGGGGGAUAAAAAGCAGGGACUAGAGCACAAUACUGUGAUUAAUCAGUCCUCUUGCUUUAUCCUGCUGCAGCCCUUGCACAGAUUUUCUGUCUGACAUGUGCCAUGUUUAUCAGUGUCCUGAGACUUGAGCAAUACUUAAUGCUUGGGACAGAAAGCUACAAGGAAUGUAGAAUAUUUAUUGUGGGAGUGAAAUCGCAGUGCUGCAGAGAAAAUUUGUAUCAUGUCAAGCCACGCUAAUCUCUUGAACGUUGUUAAGGGGAGAUUCCCUGUACACAUGCCAGCUGAGUCAAUGAAAAUUUAUGGGUAUGGUUCUUGUUAUCAAGAUCUAUAAUGAAGGUGCACCAUUAUAGACAUGAGUAUCUGAAGGAAUACUCAAAUGGUCUCAAUUUUCACUGAAGUUAGUUAUCAAAGUAACCUGGCUCCUACAUGUAGGUUGGUGUUUGUGUCCCAUACUUUUGCUGUCACAUUUCUGAAAUUACAGUGAAUUCUUCACAGAGCCCAGUAUUUUGCUGUUGACAAAGUAUAGAAGCACUUCUGCAACUAAUGCUACACAAGUAUUUCUGUCCUAGGGAAUAGCCUUUCAAAAGUUUAUAAAGUUGAAGAUUAAGACGGAAUUUUUUUCUUGUAUCCCAUUGUCUUGGUGGCAAAUUAUUUGCUGUUGAAUUGACCAGUUAGUUCAGGAAGCCAGUCUAGUUGGGUUUGCCAUUUUUUGUAGUUUUUAAAAAUUUAAGUCUUUACAGUCCAUAUUAGAAACUUGUAUCUUAUCAGAAGUACUUGUCCUUAAUUAUCCACAUGGCCUUAUCCAGAAGCCAGUAGAAAAUCCUUGAUUUGGUUCUGAGUUUCACAAAAAAAAAACCCAAUUACUUUGUUCUAUUUAAUUUUAUUAGCAAACUUCAUGUCUUACUAGCACAUGCAAAUGCAUGUCCUGAAGCAGGAAUACUUUCAGUUUCCAAAGGAAAUUCCUCUCUCUGGACAACAGAUAAAAAUCUUUCAUGGUUGUGUGGAAGAUCCAGGUGUGAGGAAUUGCUGUGCUAGACUUUAUUGUACUGAGCAAGAGAGAACCAUUGUUCUCUGUAUACCAAGAAUGUCUAUGACCGCGUUUCUUGAUUUUUUUUUUUAAUUAAAAUUUUGGAUAGCAAAUUAUUUAUGUAAGUAAUAGUGAGUUGCUUGAUUUGGCAGCCAAGUCUCCCCUUGUGCUGAUCUUCUUUCCCUUUCCUUGUCUAUGUACUGUGGUAGUCUACAAUUACUGGGUUUCCAGAGUGACUUUCCAGAAUCUUCUCUAGAAUCCAUCUAUUUGUAGUGGCUUUUCUGCUUUGAAGCACAGGAAGAAUUUCUGAAGAUUCACUUACAGUAUUUGGAUUUAUCUUUGUCUCCUGUGCUAAGUAGCUUUUACUUAGCAUGAUGCUUGAUGUCAUUAGCUUGUGGGUAAAUAUGGGUCAGUUUUACUCUGACUUUUGUUUAUACAGGGGAAUUAGCUUUUGGUUGCAAGAGUGAGUCUACAAUAGAAUCAGAGAGUAUCUAGUGUGUCAUAUGAAGCUGAUGAUGUCAAGCAGCAGAACUUACCCAGAGCAAGAUCAAUGUCAUAGCAUGGAUACUGUUUUCUUCUAGUACAAAUGUGACUGCUAGAUUGUGCUUUGCUUGAUCAAAGCCACUGCAGAUCAACCACCACCCAUGUGACCUCUUAGUGAGUUUCUAGAUAUAGUUCUGCAUUGGAUGGCACUGUCUUGCAUAGAAAUUCUCUUGUUAAUGAGAACGCUGAAUGUGCUGUUUUGAUAAAAGGCUUUUAUCAGCUGCUGUUCAGUGUUUUCAGCAGGAAAUGCUGGAAUGUAGUUUCUCUUCAGUAUCAUCUGUGGGCUUCAUUGUGGAAUUAAGCCAAUGGUUAAAUCUUCACCUAGCAGUAGAACCUGUUGUGGUGUGUAAAUGUUUAGAUCCUUUUCCUAGUAUGCCUGGCCACUGAGUGAAGUGCAGUAAGAAAAAAUGAUUCUUGACGGUGGGGGCUGAAGAGGGUGGUAUGUGUGUGUCAAACUUAGUGUGCCUAAAAGUUAUCCUAAAAUACCUGUACUAUGAGAUACAAAGUUGAAGCCAUGACUGCCUUUUGAAAAGAAAUGUGCUUUCAUCCUUUGUAGUAGUAUGAGUCAGUUUUCUGCUGUUAGAAAAGGAAAUAGUGAAAUGUGGUUUCCUGUCUGAGAAACUUAAUGAUUUGUUGCAUAAAAAGGAAAAAUGUUUUCUUAUUUGGCAGUAAUCCUCUGUGGUGGGUAAGGAAUAUGAAAAUAUAGGGGAGACAACUGUCAGGUUUUAAACCUUUACACUUUACCUAAACAUCUUUUUUAUUUACUUUUUUUAAAUUGUGUUUGUGAUUCUCCAGCUUUACAGUUCUGGGAAUGAUUUCUUUUAGACUAGAAUAAUUUCCUUGGUAGGUAGAGCGUAUAUAGAGAAGGGGUGCUGAUGUUCUUUAAAUUGCAAAGCUUGUUCUGGGGAAGUUUCAGCUUCCCUCAUUACAGUACUGGAAGCACAUUCCAUUCAUUGUGCUUUUGUAGUGCUGGGCUUUCUUUUAUACAUCCCUCUUGGGAGUAGGACUCCCUCACAAUAUACUUCCUUGGAAAGCAAGAUUUCUAGAGAACCACAACUUUCCAGAAAUGUUUAUUUAUUCUGUGCCGUCUUAAUCAGCAGGAAAUAUCGUGCCUUAGGAGAAAAGUAAGAUAUCUGUGGAGAAUUCUGCUGGUUCUCUGAUCUACACAUAGCAUUGUCUUAAGGAGGCUCACAAGUUAAAGUAUCACUGUAUGCUUGAGAGCAGCUGUUGAAUUGAGCUAAUUUUUCCUUUCUGUCUUCCAGAGUUGCAUAUAGUGCUGGGAAAUGUGGAUUGUUCUCUAAGAGAGAAAUCUAGGAAAAAAAGUUGUAUUCUAAUGGGGACACUGUAUUAUCACAUUACUGCUUGCUGGGGAGAUGCUGAAUGACAUCUCUAUGUAACUGGUCUGUACUACAGCUUUUCUUGCUUUAGCCAAAUUUUAAUGCUUUAGGAAUUUGUAAUGUGCUGUUUGGCUGAAGCAUUGUGUGGUGCUGCUUUGCGAGUUGCCUUGCAAAGUCAGAUGUAUGAAAAACCAGGAAAGUAUUCUGAAGUUACAUGAGCUUGUAGAACCAUAGAGGUGUCAGAGUUGGAAGGGGCCUCUGGGGGUCAUCUGGUUCAACCUCACAACUCAGUCAGGGCCACCCACUGCCAGUGCUUGUGUGCUAUUUCUGGUUUGGAAUCUACUGAGUUUAACGUUUAAGAGCUGAUAAUAUGUGCAAAAAUCCAUAUGCUGCAUGGGAAUGUGCUUUAAUGUUACUGAGGAGAAAUGUUUCCUGGUUACUUUUCAUCUGGAAUUCGGCUCUGUUGUAAGACACUAUAAACAUAACUCGUUCUUACAUUCCUUAUAGGUAUUGUUAAGAAGCCUAGAGGCCUCAAAAAAAAAUCCUAAGAGGUAUGCCAAGUAAGUUGUAAAAACAGUUGGUUUUAACAUUAAAUGGAGACAAUAACUGCAUAGCAGCUAAGAACCUGUCUAGUGAGAUAGAUAGAAUUAGAGUAGAAAAUGAGUUGUGUAUAGUACAGAGUUGUCCAGUAAAUACUACUAACUUUCUGAGCCUCGAGCAACCCUUGAACUGUAUGUUCUACAGAUAAGAGCUUGAUUUCUUUUUUGAGCUUGAUUUCUCUCUUACAGUCAGCCUCUGUCUGUCUCACUCCCUCCCUUCCCCCUUUCCUUCCCCCCCUCCCCCCUUCUAAUCUGGGCCUGAGCUACAUACAUUGAGAUUCUUCAAACUUUCAUCCCUUCAGAAUAAUAAAGUUUGACUUUUACCUCAGUAGGCAACUGAUCUGCAGGGAGGACCAGAUGAAUAUCAGGUAUCUCUCAUCACUUUGUAGAUGUGUUAUGCUGGAGAAGCACUAGCAAGAAGCUUAAGAGGAUGUGUUUGCCCAGGAAAUUCUACCCUCUAUCCCUUGCCAAAGCCUGCAUUUUUGGGUGAACUAAGUGCUGGACUUAGCUAUGCUUAUAUACGUGGUUAUUUGUAGAAUCCCAAAAUUCAGUGUCAGAAUUUCCAGUGCUCUAUUUCUGAUGAUAACAGGAAUUAAAAUAAUAUGAAGUGAAAAGAAACAGUGGCAAAUUGGUAGGGAUUUUUUUCUGCAACUUUGCAGGUAAAUUUAGGUCCCUGCUUUUUAUAUGCCUAAAAUCUUUGCCUAAAGCCUCUUGCAAGCUAUUACUUUCUUUGCUCUCUUUCUGAGCUCCUAUCCUUCUGUGAAUUGCUAAUGUUUUUUAUGUUUACUCUUAUUAAGCAAGGGCUGGCUUCCAUUUUACUGACUGGGGAGACUUGAAAUAUACUGUAUUAGGGCAGUAAUUUAGCCUUUUUUCAUUAUUUAAACCUAUGACGUUGCUAAAUACAUGUAACUUGUAUGACAAAGCCUAAGGCUGGAUUCUCAGGUGGAAUGUGAGCAUCUAAUGAAAAUAGCAUAGUUUGACGUACUUCCCUUUUCUUGCAGUGGAUUCUGGCUGAAAUGUGCUUACUGCAGACCCUUUGGACAAGAGCAUUCCGUCAGCAUUUAAGCAGAUAAUAUUAGAAAUAACAUUUAUGGGAAUACUGGGAAAAAUAUGUGAACACUAAAGGAGUAAAAGCUCAAGUCUUUGUAAUAUAUAACUAUCUGAGACUGCGUAAAACACUAAAGCAUUUCUGGCAGCAGUGGAAAGACAUUGCUAUACUGACUUACAAAGGUAGGGAAAUCAGUCGUGGUCUUCGUAGCAGGUUUCAGAGGAAAGUUAGUCUGGAUGGCAAGCAUAUAAACUUUUACAUACCAGGGAACUAAGUUUUUAUCACAAAUAGCGCUUAGUAACUUACCAAAAAGAAAGAAGUCAAAAAAAUUUUGGUGACUAUUAAAUGGAGAGAAAUUUCCAUCAAACCUAGUACUGAAAUAUAAACCUUCUGUAUUCAUGCUGCUGUCUUGUUUGGGAAAGCACUGAAUUAAUGGACUCCUUAUUUCUGGCUCCUCUGUUAGAUUAUUUCUCGAAUUAAUGUCACAAAUUAGGGAUGCUUGGGUUUGACUCAGCAUUUUAAUGUCAAAGUCCGGUUAGCACAGUGCUGAUCUUAAUGCAGUACCACACAAGGACGGUUGUGAAUUACUUUUUGUCCACCAGAGGGUAUAAGCGUAAACAUAAAAUCACUGAAUAGGAGAGAGCGGAGAUGUCUCAUAACAGUUAGUUCAACUAUGACAGCUGAACAGCAAUAUUUCCUCCAGUGAGUGAAGGUCCACCUUGGGGGUGAGAGAAAAACAAACUGGGGCUCUGGUGGAGAAAUAUGAAAUAAUGCUGCUGUUAACUUCUAACUGAAAAGGCAGUUUAAGCUUUCUGGGCAUUCUAAUUGAACUGCUAUCCAGUGAGGCUUGCUGAGACAAUAGUGUUUACAGAAUAACUGUCCUGACUUCUUUUUUUUUUGUUGUUGUACAUUCAAACCAUUUUUCUAGCUGCAGGAAGCAGCUCUGAAAAUGGCAAUGUUUGUGAUUCCCCCCCGCC